CGUUACUUAUCUGUUACACAUUCCAACCAAUCAAAAACCUUUCCUCUUUUCCCCUUUUCUCUCUCUUUUCUCUCUCUCUCUCUCUCUCUCCUCUGCAAUUCUUCAUCACUUUCUCUCCCAAAUCCGACAUCCUCUCUCAAGAUUCACUGUCAAACUGCCAAUUGUCACAAAAAUGCCAUCUCAGACUCUUCCCAUAACCAAUCUUCAAUUACCAAAUCUUCAUUCUUCUUCUUCUUCUACAACUACAAUGUUACUUAAAGAUAACAACAACAACGAUGAUGAUGAUGAUGAUCCAUCGAAGAGUCUCUUAAUCUCUUCUUCAUUCAAAGACAACAACAAAAACAACAAGAUCAUGUCUAUUAAGCCUCUUCUAUCAAGAUCUUCAAGCUUCAACUCAAUUGGUGGUGGUGGUGGUGGUGUUAAAUCUUUUUAUCAGAAAAGACGUAGACGUGUUGCCAGUGAUGAAUCAUUGUCUUUUGUUUCUAAUGGAACUUCUAAUUCUAAUAGAUCUUCUUCUUCUUCCUUUGGUCGUGAUGUUAGACAUGUUGCUUCUGAAACUUUUCUUUUGACUCGUCUUGGAUUGAAGUUGUUGUCUUAUCUUGGGGUAGGCUAUAAAUGGAUCACACAAUUUCUUGCUCUUGGUUGUUAUGCUUUAUUGCUUUUACCAGGCUUUAUUCAAGUUGGAUAUCAUUAUUUUUUCUCUAGUCAGAUACGCAGAAGUGUAGUUUAUGGAGAUAAACCACGAAAUAGGCUUGACUUGUUUUUGCCUAGAAAUAGCGACGGCCCAAAACCAGUUGUUGCUUUCAUUACUGGCGGAGCCUGGAUUAUUGGUUACAAAGCAUGGGGUUCUCUUUUAGGUCAACAGCUCUCGGAAAGAGAUAUCAUUGUGGCAUGCAUAGAUUACAGAAAUUUUCCUCAGGCAACCAUCAGUGAUAUGAUAGAAGAUGCUUCCCAAGGCAUCUCAUUUGUGUGCAACAACAUUGCAGAAUAUGGAGGUGACCCUAACAGAAUUUAUCUAAUGGGACAGUCAGCUGGGGCACAUAUUGCAGCGUGUACAAUUGUGGAGCAGGCAAUCAAAGAGGCUGGCGAAGGAGAGAGUACUUCUUGGAGUCUUUCCCAGAUUAAGGCUUAUUUUGGUUUAUCCGGAGGGUAUAAUUUGUUCAACCUAGUAGAUUACUUCCACAGUAGAGGCCUCUACCGUUCCAUCUUUUUAAGUAUAAUGGAAGGGGAGGAAUCACUACGGCGGUUUUCUCCUGAAGUAAUGGUUCAAGAUCCAAACAUUGGAAAUGCUGUUUCUCUACUACCUAAUAUGGUUCUUUUUCAUGGCACCGGAGAUUAUUCCAUACCGUCAGAUCAAAGUACAUCAUUUGCUGAAACUCUUAGAAGACUUGGAGUCAAAGCUGAAGCAAUUUUAUAUGAAGGGAAGACUCAUACAGACGUGUUUCUACAGGAUCCUAUGAGGGGUGGAAAUGAUGACAUGUUUGAUGAUUUAGUAGCAUAUAUUCAUGCUGGCGAUGCUGAGGCCCUCUCUAGAGAUGCAUCAGCUCCUCCAAGGAGACGCCUUGUACCCGAAUUCAUGUUAAAGUUAGCUCAUACUGUCAGUCCUUUCUAGCCAACAAACAUAAUUGAUUAUAUUCAUUUUUGCUUUGUACAUAACCAUUAUUCUGGCUUGCUAGAUUACUUAUCAACUUCUUAGGUUUAGAGGACUUUUGAUUAGUAUUUGAGGAUUCAUUUCACACUGCUAUAGAACCAAAAUCUUCGGCUAUCGUGAUUCACGAAAACUUUGUUCUGAUAUCUGAAGACAUAUUGUUAUUUGUGGAAGCAUCAAUGUGGAUGAUAUUUGUAAUAUUGACCAUAGGAACAUAGUGGUUAGGUUUUUGUAAUGAAAAGUUGUUACAACUUAGGUUUAGGAUUCUUCUGCAGGAGUGUAACACUUAGCAACGGUUUGAAUUCACGCUGUUUAACUUUGCUUCCAUUUGUUAAAAAUAACCCAACAGAUUGUGAUUCUGAAA